AUGGAUGAGCUAGAGCAGCUCGAAAUCAUCGCCCUGGUUUCAACUCUAACCCAGGAAAUCAAUAAUUACACCGGCAUUAAUGACAAGACGCUAGCUGAAUUUGUUCUGGGUAUGUACGAGGAAUCCAAGGGAGACAGAGAUGAUUUUGCAACUAAACUAAAAGCUGUUGGUGGCGAUUUCCCAGACUCGUUUGUGGAUCGUAUGCGCCAGCUUAUCAGUGAUCUGCAUCCGAAAUACAGAGGCAACUCCAUGCCUGCCCCCGUCAAGGAGGAGCCCACAGUGAAGAAGGAGGAACCUUCUGAGAAGCUGUCUGUUCUGACCAUGAAGGAUACAGCCCCUAUCAAGAGCGAUAUGGGACCUGAGGAGGUCACCAAACCAAGGAAUGAAGAGCGAGACAGGGAGUACAGAGAUAGAUCAGAUCGUCGAGACCGUUCGAAACGACGAAGUCUGAGUCCAGAUCAAGGAGAGCUUGACUUGGAACCCAUUAUCAACAAGGUAUACAAGGGACGUGUCAAGAACCUGACUUCUUUCGGUGCAUUCGUGACUCUGUCUGGGUUGAAAAACAAAACCGACGGUCUGGUACACGUCUCUGUGUUGGCAGCGAAUCGGGUGGAUCAUCCCUCAGACGUGGUCAGUGUGGGAGACGUUGUAUACGUCAAGGUGUGCAAGAUUGAUGGAAGGAAAAUCGGCCUGUCUCUCAAUGACGUUGAUCAACAGACAGGGCAGGUAAUGGAGCGUGUCGAGCGUUCAAGAGGUAGAGAUGGAGGAAGUGAAGAAAGGGGACGAAGAUACCAGAAACAGGAUGAACAACCAGUCAAGAAACGAACUCGUCUCACUUCUCCUGAGAGAUGGGAGAUUCGUCAGCUGAUUGCAUCGGGUGUGGUUAAUGCAGCAGACUACCCUGAUCUGGACGAGGAUAUUGAGUCGCUACAACAAGAAGCUACGGUUGGAGUGGAGGAGGAUGUUGAGAUUGAAGUCAAAGAAAUCGAACCGCCCUUUCUUGCUGGACAAACCUUCCAAAGCUUGGAAUUGUCACCUGUGCGUGUGGUUAAGGCGCCAGAUGGAUCUCUCAAUAGAGCUGCCAUCAACAGUGCAGUGAGUGCAAAGGAGCGAAGAGAGAAGAAACAGAAAGAGAAGGCCGAGGAUCUGCUUAGUCAGGAUGCUGCAUCUGAGACUCGUGAUAGCAGAAACUCUCUCGAUGUCGCGUCAGAUCCUCUUGCCCACCACAAGUAUGGAGCUGCAGAUCCGGAAUGGAAGCAAGCCACUAUUGGUACAAAAAAUACAGCAUAUGGCAACCGACAGCGAGAUAGCAUGUCUAUUGCCGAAGUUCGAAGGUCUCUUCCUGUCUAUGAGUUCAGACAGGACCUGAUUAAUGCCAUUCGAGAUAACCAGAUCAUCAUUGUGGUUGGAGAAACAGGAUCCGGAAAGACCACACAAAUCACCCAGUACCUCUAUGAAGCCGGUUUCGCCAAAAACAAGCGAAUUGGAUGUACUCAGCCCCGUCGAGUUGCAGCUGUUUCUGUUGCAAAGCGUGUUGCUGAAGAGGUGGGGUGUAAGGUAGGAAAGGAAGUUGGAUACCUGAUCCGAUUUGAAGAUUGGACGUGCCCCCAGACAAAGAUCAAGUAUAUGACGGAUGGUAUGCUUCAGCGAGAGGCUCUAGUUGACCCUGAUAUGGACCAGUACAGCGUUCUGAUGUUGGAUGAGGCCCAUGAACGUACUAUUGCGACAGAUAUUUUGUUUGCACUGCUCAAGAAGGCAGCAAAGCGGCGUCCCGACCUCAGACUAGUCAUCACUUCUGCCACUCUUAAUGCAGAGAAAUUUUCUUCGUAUUUUGAUGGAGCACCUAUCAUCACUAUCCCUGGAAGAACGUUCCCUGUUGAGGAGCACUUUGCCAAGGAGCCUGAAGCCGACUACCUGGAGGCCGCUAUUGAUACUGUGAUGGAUAUUCACGUGACCCAAGACCCUGGAGACAUUCUUGUCUUCCUUACUGGCCAAGAAGAGAUUGACAGUGCAUGUGAGAUUCUCUAUGAACGAUCCAAGAAGAUUGAGUCUGUCGCUGGCCCGUUGAUCAUUCUGCCAGUGUACUCGUCACUUCCCUCCGAAAUGCAGUCUCGUAUCUUCGAUCCUGCUCCACCUGGAUCUCGAAAGGUUGUUCUUGCUACAAAUAUCGCCGAAACCUCCAUUACCAUCGAUGGAGUCUACUAUGUGGUUGAUCCUGGGUUCGUCAAGAUUAACGCUUACGACUCAAAACUGGGCAUGGACUCUCUUCAGAUUGCACCCAUUUCCCAAGCUCAGGCUACCCAGAGAGCUGGUCGAGCUGGUCGAACAGGUCCCGGUAAGUGCUACAGAUUGUACACUGAGAACUCGUUCCACAAUGAGAUGCUUACCAACACUGUCCCUGAGAUUCAGAGACAGAACCUGAGUCACACUAUUCUCAUGUUGAAGGCCAUGGGUAUCAACGAUCUGUUGAAUUUCGACUUUAUGGACCCUCCUCCUCACAACACGCUGCUGUCUGCUCUCAACGAUCUCCACCAUCUUUCCGCUAUUGACGGAGAAGGUCUGCUGACUAAGUUGGGUCGAAACAUGGCCGACUUUCCUAUGGAGCCUGCCAUGGCGAAGGUUUUACUCAACUCUGUUGAUCACAACUGUGCUGAGGAGAUUCUGACCAUUGUGGCUAUGCUUUCUGUUCAGAGUGUCUUCUUCCGGCCCAAGAACAUGGCCGAAAAGGCUGAUGCUAAGCGGAAGAAGUUCAUGGACCCCACAGGUGACCAUCUGACGAUGCUCAAUGUCUACAAUGCAUGGAAACGAAACAACUGCUCCAAAAUGUGGACCAAUGAGAACUUCAUUCAAGACAGAUCCAUGCGAAGAGCGCAGGAUGUCCGUAACCAACUGGUGUCAAUCAUGGGACGAUACAAGCACCGAAUUUCAUCAUGUGGAGCGUCUACUGAUAUCGUUCGCAAGGUUCUAUGUUCGGGAUACUUCAAGAAUUCUGCCGAGAAAGAUCCCCAGCAGGGCUACAAGACGCUUAUUGAACGAACACCUGUUUUUAUGCAUCCCUCUUCUGCGCUCUUUUCUAAACCUUCUCAGUAUGUCAUCUAUCAUACUCUAUUGUUGACUUCCAAGGAGUAUAUGCAUUGUGUGACUUCUAUUGACGCCAAGUGGCUGCCCUGGGCUGCUCCCACAUUCUUCAGCUUUGCAGACACUAGCAAGCUAUCCAAAGAGAAAAAGUCCAAGAAGAUUGUGCCCCUUUAUGAUCGGUACGCUCAGGAUCAGGAUUCUUGGAGACUGUCUUCCGCCCGAAGAAUGCCAGAGAAGGAUGCGAACAUUUUCGGUUAG